AUGUAUUCUGGUUUGCUGUUUCAUGCUUUCGCCCUUCAUCUUCACGAUUCCGAGCGCAGAACGGACCACGGUUAUGAUCAUGAUAUGAAAAUUAAUAGAAUAAAAUAUGAAUAUUGCAUAAUGAUGUUAAUGCUUGCAGUAGUUGAGGAGAAUUAUGAUGGGCCACAUUUGGAUGAAGUAAUUACUGUCGAUUUUGUCAAUGAAAUGAUUGCAACUUUCAAAAAGCAGGGAAAGCUGCACAGAAAAUAUGCAUUUAAGAUUUUGCUGGACAUAUACGCGUACUUCAAAGAGCAACCAACGUUGGUUGAGAUUGAUGUGCCUCCUAAGAAACGUUUUACCAUUUGUGGUGAUAUACAUGGUCAAUUCUACGAUCUCUGUAAUAUAUUUGAUAUUAACGGAUUUCCAUCAGAAACCAACCCAUAUCUUUUCAACGGUGACUUUGUUGAUCGCGGCUCCUUCAGUGUUGAAACCAUUUUCACAAUGUUUAGUUAUAAGCUACUCUAUCCUAACCAUUUCUUUUUAUCGCGCGGAAAUCACGAAAGUGACGUAAUGAAUAAGAUGUACGGCUUCGAAGGGGAAGUAAGAAAGAAGUACACGGCUCAAAUGGCUGAUUUUUUCACUGAGAUCUUCUGUUUGCUUCCUCUGUGCCAUCUUAUCAAUAGGAAAAUUUUCGUAUGCCACGGAGGCUUGUUCAAGGAAGACGGUGUAACUUUGGACGAUAUUCGAAAGACAGAUAGAGUACGUCAACCUCCGGAUGAAGGGAUCAUGUGCGAUUUGCUAUGGUCAGAUCCGCAAGAAUUGCGAGGUCGUGCACCAUCGAAACGUGGGGUAGGAUGUCAGUUUGGGCCAGACAUUACUGAUGCUUGGAUUGCAAAGAAUGGUGUUCAGUACGUCGUGAGAAGCCACGAAGUAAAACCGGAAGGUUAUGAGGUGCACCACAACGGCAAAUGCAUAACGGUGUUUUCCGCUCCGAAUUAUUGUGAUCAGAUGGGAAAUAAGGGAGCAUUCAUUACAAUUACUGGAGAUAAUCUCACGCCGAAAUUCACUUCAUUUGAAGCUGUUCCACAUCCAAUGGUUCCACCAAUGGUUUAUGCAAAUAGCCUCUUCGGGUUUUCUUGA